AUCCAAAGAAGUAUAUCAACUGCGUGGACAAAACCAGAAAGAACCUAUUCAGGUGCAGACUUUUAGGCACUAAUAUGGUUAAUGCAGGAGACAUGAAUGGUUCUGGCAAUCUGAUGGAUUUCCUGGAUGAGCCUUUCCCUGAUGUUGGGACGUAUGAGGACUUCCACACCAUUGACUGGUUAAGAGAGAAAUCACGUGACACUGACAGACAUAGGAAGAUUACAAGCAAAAGUAAGGAAUCCAUAUGGGAAUUCAUCAAGAGUUUGUUGGAUGCCUGGUCAGGAUGGGUUGUAAUGCUUCUCAUAGGACUGCUGGCAGGCACGUUAGCUGGAGUUAUAGAUUUAGCUGUAGACUGGAUGACAGAUCUUAAAGAGGGUGUCUGCUUAUCUGCAUUCUGGUACAGCCAUGAGCAGUGCUGCUGGACAUCUAAUGAAACCACAUUUGAUGACAGGGACAAAUGUCCCCAGUGGCAGAAAUGGUCCGAGCUUCUAGUAAACCAGUCUGAGGGUGCAAGUGCUUACAUUCUAAACUAUUUUCUGUACAUUAUGUGGGCUCUAUCUUUUGCUUUCCUGGCAGUCUCCCUGGUCAGAGUGUUUGCUCCUUACGCCUGUGGUUCUGGGAUUCCAGAGAUAAAAACCAUCCUGAGUGGUUUCAUUAUUAGGGGCUACCUGGGGAAGUGGACACUCUUAAUCAAAACUGUCACCUUAGUGCUGGUGGUGUCUUCGGGCCUCAGCCUCGGCAAAGAAGGUCCUUUAGUGCAUGUGGCUUGCUGCUGUGGUAACUUCUUCAGCAGCCUCUUCUCAAAGUACAGCAAAAAUGAAGGGAAGAGGAGAGAGGUGCUUUCAGCUGCAGCGGCUGCAGGAGUCUCUGUUGCUUUUGGUGCACCAAUUGGUGGUGUACUUUUUAGCCUGGAAGAGGUUAGUUAUUACUUUCCCCUGAAAACCCUCUGGAGAUCAUUUUUUGCUGCUCUUGUGGCUGCCUUUACUCUGAGGUCCAUCAAUCCAUUUGGAAACAGCCGACUGGUUCUUUUUUAUGUGGAAUACCACACCCCUUGGUAUAUGGCUGAACUUUUCCCAUUCAUUCUGCUUGGAGUCUUCGGAGGUCUGUGGGGGACGCUUUUUAUCCGUUGCAACAUUGCAUGGUGCAGGAGGCGUAAAACAACCAGACUUGGGAAGUAUCCAGUCCUAGAGGUCAUUGUGGUAACUGCUAUCACUGCCAUCAUUGCCUAUCCUAAUCCAUACACCCGGAGGAGCACCAGUGAGCUAAUCUCUGAGCUUUUCAAUGACUGCGGCGCUCUGGAGUCCUCACAACUCUGCGACUAUAUCAAUGACCCAAAUAUGACAAGGCCAGUAGAUGACAUUCCUGACAGACCUGCUGGCUUUGGUGUCUACACUGCAAUGUGGCAGCUGGCCCUGGCUCUGAUUUUUAAAAUUAUCAUCACGAUAUUUACUUUUGGCAUGAAGAUCCCUUCAGGCCUUUUUAUUCCUAGCAUGGCUGUGGGAGCCAUGGCUGGUAGAAUGGUUGGAAUUGGAGUGGAGCAGCUGGCCUACCAUCAUCAUGACUGGAUCAUCUUCAGGAACUGGUGCAGACCAGGUGUUACCCCAGGGCUUUAUGCUAUGGUGGGAGCUGCAGCAUGUCUAGGUGGAGUUACCAGAAUGACUGUCUCUCUGGUGGUUAUUAUGUUUGAGUUAACUGGAGGCUUGGAGUAUAUUGUACCUCUAAUGGCUGCAGCUGUGACCAGCAAGUGGGUAGCAGAUGCCUUUGGGAAAGAAGGGAUCUAUGAGGCACACAUCCACUUGAAUGGUUACCCCUUUCUGGAUGUUAAGGACGAGUUCACACACCGAACCCUAGCAACAGAUGUCAUGAGACCUAGGCGUGGUGAGCCUCCACUCUCCGUCCUGACACAGGACAGUAUGACAGUGGAAGAUGUGGAGACAUUAAUCAAAGAGACCGAUUACAAUGGCUUUCCGGUGGUGGUUUCCAAAGACUCAGAGCGUCUCAUUGGUUUUGCACAGAGACGGGAACUGAUUCUUGCAAUAAAGAAUGCAAGACAGCGUCAGGAUGGGGUUGUGAGCAAUUCCAUUAUGUAUUUCACUGAAGAUCCACCAGAGCUCCCAGCCAACAGCCCUCACCCACUAAAGCUCCGUCGAAUUCUCAAUUUGAGCCCUUUCACGGUAACUGACCACACGCCAAUGGAAACGGUGGUAGACAUUUUUCGGAAACUUGGACUCCGACAAUGUCUUGUCACACGCAGUGGAAGGCUGCUGGGCAUCAUAACUAAAAAGGAUGUGUUAAGACAUAUGGCUCAAAUGGCAAAUCAGGACCCUGAAUCUAUCAUGUUUAACUAGACUGGUGACAGAAGAUGGGAAGAAAUAGUCUUGAAGGACUCGCUCCUAAAUUAAUACAAAGGCUGCAUACAGUAUUUUGUUUUAUUUAAAGGGAAAAAUACAGUGUGUAUGAGAAGUGGCCUAAAACUAAA